AUGGGGCAUUCCUCCAGCAAUGGAGCUGCUGCUGCUGCUGCUACCGGAUCCAACCAUGGCAAUGGCAGUCUGCAAGAGUUGCUCUCUCGCCUUUCUCCUUCUGAGCUUUCUCAGUUUUCUUCUGCUCAGCUUUCUCAGCUCAUUCAGCUUGUGCGGGCUGAACAGUCGCAGGCGCAGGUACAAGUACAGGUACAGGCACAGGCACCACCUCCGCAACCCCAAGUGGAUGCGGGGAACUUGAACGUCGUUUUGCGUGCCAUCCAGCAGCAGCAGCAGCAACAGCAACAGCAGCAGCAGCAAGAGGCACUGCGGCGAGGGCAAGAGCAGAGAGAGCGCGUCGUAAUGCAGGCAAUCUUGCAGGCUUUGCCUCAGAUUCAAGCACAAGCCCAACCACAAGCACCACAAGCCCAAGCACAACCACAGCACCAGCAGGCACCCGUGCCAGCAGGCCGGGCCGCACAAGCUUCAGCUUCCGCUUCACAUCCUUCUGUGCAUUCAGUCGUUUCAGUGCCAACAUCAUCAGCUCAAGCUCCGGCUCAAGCUCCGGCUCUUGCUUCUUCAGCCGCAUCGGAGACCCAACCUUCAGUGGCCUCUCAAGCUGAAGCCUCUAAAGCUCAGACCCAAGCCCUCCCUCCUCGUUCGCAAACAGCGCAAGCAGCAGCCUUUGACGACAAUCCCCCCAAGGGGCGUCGUUCAGAGUUCACUGCCAAGUUGCACAUGUUGCUCACGGAUUUGCAGCAACGGGGACAAGAUCACAUUGCUUCUUUCAUUGAUACACCGGAAGGAGACGCAUUCCAGAUUCACAAGCCGGAAAUAUUCCAAGCAGAAAUAUUAACCAAAUACUACCCCAGAAUGAAGUCUCUCGCAAGCUUUCAGAGACAGGUCAACCUGUACGACUUUAAGCGACUCCGAAACCAUAGGGGAUCCAACUCGGCCAUUGACGCGUACUAUCAUCCCAUGUUCCAACGGGCGAAGCCGGACUUGUCGAGCGCCAUGAAGAGAACCAAAAUCAAGGGAAAGCGAAAGGGCAAGAAAGAGGCAGAGGAGACCGAUGCUGCUUGA